CCUGCCCCUCACAUCAGCCAAGCAUGAACGCUGCUCCGACUCCUGCGCCCGGCGUAGGACCUUCAGCCAUAGGCGACGCUGAAGCUGGACCAUCCGCCUCACCAGUCUUAGACGCGGUCUCGUCGUCAUCCACUGCCAUUGCCUCUACCACCGGGACAGCCUCUGCCUACAAGAGCCGGCCGGCUCGGAGGCAGAUCACUCCUCAAAGAGCUGAACAGCUCAGACAAGAGGCAGACAAGUCAACCCAGACCGGCGUCUCGUAUAACAUCUGGUACAACAAGUGGUCUGGCGGAGACCGUGAGGCCCCGGUCCAGAAGAAGGCGCCGACUCGCUGUUCGAUCGCUCGAGAUGCCGGCUAUACCCGCGGAGACUUCCUAAAUGCUACCAUCAUCUGUCUUCCCUUUGCCAAGGGCCGUUGCUCGAACGGCACGGACUGCGCAUACCUGCAUCGCCUCCCGCCUUCAGCUAGUGAAGCUAGCAUGGCUCAAGCUCAUACUGCCACUAAUGACCAAGGGCGGGAUGUCUUUGGGCGGGAAAAGAUGGGAGACUACAAGGAUGACAUGGGCGGUAUCGGCUCUAUCCAGCGAGUCAACCGGACGCUGUAUGUGGGCAGGAUCCACGAGGAAGAGGACGAUCUGAGACGCAUCUCUAACGGGGGCGGCGCCAAUACGCCCGGCGGCCCCUCAUGGCGUGAUGGAGGUAGGACAGUGAAAGGCGGUAAGAGCGUUGGUCAAGCGAGAAGGGAAGGCGGUAUGGCCCACAAAGGGCCGUUCGUUAUGAGCAACACUGAGAAGGUCCUGAGGAGGCACUUCGGUGAAUGGGGUACCAUCGAGCGAGUCAAAGUCCUACAUCAUCGUGGAUGCGCAUUCGUGACCUAUCUGUCGGAAGCCUCUGCUCAAUUCGCAAAGGCGGCCAUGUCCAACCAGUCCCUCGACCACGAUGAGAUCCUCAAUAUCCGCUGGUCAACAGAGGAUCCCAAUCCUGGUGCCAUUCAAAGGGAAAAGAGAAGAAUGGAAAUUGAAGGCGGCAAGAGGGUGCUCGAAAACAUGACGCCUGAGGAGUGGGAGGUGCUGAAGGCGCGAGAGCAGCUAGAGGCAGGCGAAGACGGCAACAAGAGGAUGAGAAUCGAAGGCGCUGGCGGGACUACUGCUGAGGAGGAUGAGGAGAUGGCUCGCCUCAUUGCAGAGAAUCAGAGGAACUGGGAGGAGAUGGCGCGGCAAGAGGAGGCAGCGAAACAGCAGCAGCAAGUGUCGCAGUCACAAGCAGCAGCGUCAGAACAGCAAGUCGAUACAGCCGCCAAUGGCAAGACCGCGUCGAACGGGUCAGGCAAUGGCGCUGCCUUCUUCUCGACUGAAGCGAUUGGAGGGCUUGCCCACCUCCAAGCACUACGAAAGCAGCAAGGACAAGCAGCCUCUUCCCCUGCCAACAAGCAGCAGACAGCACCUGCUCCGGCUGGUAAGAGCAAGAGCGCUGGUUUGGGCGGCUUGGCUGCAUACGGCAGUGACGAUAGCGAUGAAGAGGAGUAGCAUUGAGCAUAGCAAUCUAAGAAGCCUUCGCUGUCUACAGCGCAGCAUCCGCAUGAGACCAGACGCUAACUGAGCGAGACGUGACUGUCUGUUAUAAGGUCUCAGGAGCCUCGGUGCAAGGCGACGACACUACUCUGCAGAAUGGAGAGCAAGGGAGAGAUGCAGAAAACCAUACGCAUAGAACCGACUUCAGUGACUCAUACUUUUGCCCCACCCUCUCAUUGACGUAUGCUGCCCGUUGACGGAGGUGUACACUCACCUGCAUGGUAGCCUUCAGCUUUGCCCAUCGAUUCCUAACAUCCUGCGCCUCGCGCAACUCCAGUCCCUGCGUCUCCCUCUUCUCAUUAAUCUUCACCAAGAUAUGUCC